AUUUUUCACCAUGUGAGGUGUCACGCAGAAUCCCGAGGAACCACUCCAUACGUAUAUUUGGAACUAGACUCCGAAAGUAGCUAGAGUAGGGAGGUAAUUAAAGUACGGUUUAGGUUUUCGACGGUCAAACCCUAUUAAAAAACGCUGCUUUUAGACCCACUAAAAAAAUCUGUGACGUCACAGAUUUCAUCAUGCCUCAAAUGAGUAAAACACGUGACAUCAUGACGCCACUCGACAAAAACUGCUGACAUCAACAAAAGCGCAUGCGCAAAUCUGUUCGAGUAGGGAAAUUCCCUACUUAAAUUGCGACCGCUGUUAGUUGACGUCUGAAUGUACUUAUAAUAAAGAGAAAUGAGUUUGUUCAAGAAUGCAAUCAUGGGACUUGCAGCUGAAAAGUGUCACAUUGAGAUUGUUAAGCUGUGCAAAGAGUGGGGUGCGACGAACUUUGAUUGGGCCAUGAAACUUGCAGCUGAAAAGGGUCAUAUCGAGAUUGUUAAGCUGUGCAAAGAGUGGGGUGCGACAUACUUUGAUUGGGCCAUGAAACUUGCAGCUGAAAAGGGUCAUAUUGAGAUUGUUAAGCUGUGCAAAGUGUGGGGUGCGACAUACUUUGAUUUGUCCAUGGGACUUGCAGCUGAAAAGGGUCAUAUCGAGAUUGUUAAGCUGUGCAAAGAGUGGGGUGCGACAUACUUUGAUUUGGCUCUAGAAAAUGCAGCUGAAAACGGUCAUAUUGAGAUUGUUAAGCUGUGCAAAGAGUGGGGUGCGACAGAUUUUGAUUUGUCCAUGGGACUUGCAGCUGAAAAGGGUCAUAUCGAGAUUGUUAAGCUGUGCAAAGAGUGGGGUGCGACAUACUUUGAUUUGGCUCUAGAAAAUGCAGCUGAAAACGGUCAUAUUGAGAUUGUUAAGCUGUGCAAAGAGUGGGGUGCGACAGAUUUUGAUUUUUCCAUGGGACUUGCAGCUGAAAAGGGUCAUAUCGAGAUUGUUGUAUUGCUGCGUGGUUUUGAUGUAAUUCAUGAUGAAUUGCUGCGACAUCAUCACAAGCGUAAUUUUUAUGCAAAAAUAUGGAAUGAGGUAAUACCAGUGGCGUGGCAUCCGAAUCGAUAUUGGAAUUGGUGUUUAGAUGAGGAAGAAAAGCGCGAGAUCUCUAAAUUAUGGAAGUAAUGUCCAGUAUUUUGAUUCUGGUUGAGGUUUAAAAAAUCUAUAAUAAAGAGAUGCCUUUCCUAUCUGGAGAACAAUUUGAUGCCUUGAAAUCAGAACACGAGAGUAUUAUGAAGUGGCGUGAUGUUCAAAAUUGAGUAUGUUGA